UCUAUCCCACUUCCAACCUCUACUCCCCGAGAAGUGAAGAUUAGACAAACACUGGCCGUCAUCCAACCUGCUUCGGCUCAUCUUUGUCUCCCAAGGCCAGCAAGAUGCCUAGCUUGAAUACCAACGAGGAUGCCACCGAUCCCGUAUGGGAUAGCUUCAGAGACACGAUUCACUCGUUGUACGUGAUUGAAAACAAGAGUCUCAAAGACGUCAUGAGAGAGAUGAAGACAAAAUAUCAAUUCACUGCGACUAAGGCGCAAUUCGAGCUGCACUUCGACAGAUGGAACUUCCGCAAAAACUUGACCAAAGAAGAAUGGAGGAGCGUCACACACAAGAUUCAAAAAAGGAAAAGAGACCACAAAGAGUCCGAGGUGUACAUGAAUGGGCUACUCAUGAACCCAAAGAAAGUCCAGAAAGCCAUGUCACGCUAUGGUUCUGCCUCCGGAAUACUUUUUCAAGCAUCAUCACCACAAACGCCAGGGGACAUUACCGUUCGUACACCGUUGCCUACUCCUGCGACUCCUGCUGCGGGAGGAAUCUCUUCGGCACCUGUCUUCGUCACACCCACGCUACCGAAUCACACGAUCUUUUCAAUAAGCUCCCUCCCCUUCGUGCAGUUCAAAUCGAUAGUCAACAUACUAGAACCUCUGCAUGCAAGCAGCCCCGGGAGCAACAGUUCAACAUCCGCUCUCAGGCUGCUGGAUCUUCAAAAGAGCAUUGUUGAUCACUUCCAGAAAGGCGCAGACAGAGAUGACCCUCCGACAGCAUUCAGCCGAAACCUCAAUGCUUUGAUGCCAGAAAAUCUGGUUUCCUCCAAUACCGCCAAUUUGCAGAUGACCUUACCCCAACCCUCAUCGCCCGCAGUGGACUUUUUAAAUCUCACUCUGUUCAUGGCUUCGAACAAGCUCUUUACACAGGAUUCGGAUAUCAGCAAAAAUCUCUAUGGCUGGAUCAAACGCCGUUCCAAUGUCGGGUUGCUUGAAAGUCUCUUAUCUGUUGGCGGUCCGACGGCCGAAGCCCUUGCAGAGCAGGUUUUCGCUCUCGCGAUGGAGGCGGAGGAUGCCCCUACCAUCAAGAGGAUAUUAGAUUCCGGGCUCAAUCCCAACGAGUUGAGAUGCUUUGGUAUUGUGGGCCAGGUCACACCGCUUGAACGAGCUUGCGAAAUGCGCAGCCUGGAGCUUAUACGAGUACUAUUGGAUGCUGGGGCAGACGUCAACAGCUCAUCGCCAGACGCUGUAUCCCCUCUAGGAGGCCUAAUUAUCGCAAUAGGAGAGGGUUGGGAUUGUUACCUUGAUGACAUUAGGUAUUGGGACAGCGAGGACAUUGAGCAUCCCGACGUCGAUGACAUUGAGCAUCCCGACGGCGAUGACAUUGAGCUGGUACAAGCUCUACUUCGCGCAGGCGCCAAUGUCAAUCCCCCCGAUGAAUCCCCACUGAGAGUGGUUGCAUCGUCAUGCUAUCCGAAACUCGUCGAUGUCCUUCUUUCCGCAGGGGCAGAUCCAAAUUUUUCAGCUGGCAGUUCUGGCACUACUCCACUCGUUGCGGCAGUACAAAGUAGUGGGCCGAUAUCCUAUAUUAUCUCAACUGUUCGCCAUCUGCUUCAGGCCGGUGCUUAUGUGAAUGCUACUACUUCUGCUAAACAUAGUGCAUCGAAAAGUGUUCUGGAGGCGGCAUUGGACUUUUCCAGCAUCGACUUGAUCCGAAUACUGUUGGAGAAAGGAGCACAUAUUACCGAAUUCGCAAUGGUCCAAGCCGCGGAAGUGGGCAACUUGGACAUCAUCAAUCUCUUCAUCGACUCUUCAGCCCGAGUCACGCAGGAAGCAAUCGAAUGCGCAGCACACAGCGGAGAAUGGGAAAUAUUUCAGCGCCUGCUUGACUCUGCAGAAGAAAGUAUGAAGGAAAGCGCCCUCAGUGUUGCCCUUAUCGCAGCUAUAGCUCGUGGAGAGACAGAGCGUGUUGAAACUCCACCUAUAUCUGGCACCAAACUUCGAAGCUCUGUCGAGCUGACUGCGGCAAUUGAGGCAGCUGCUUCUAGGGGAGACAUUUCAGUUCUUCGCCUCCUUCUCAGUGAUGGGUCGAAACACCGAGCUGCCGCUAUCGAGUCUUUAGGUUGCUCUCUCAACUUUGCCAUUGCUGAGGGCAAAGGAGACGUCACUAAUUUACUUCUUACAGUUGGUGCAGACAUAAACAGCUUGACCACCAAGACGAAGAGAACUCCUCUUUUGGAGGCACUAUGUCAGAAGGAUGCUUGUCUUGCACAAAAGCUCUUAGCUGCUGGCGCAGCGGUUAACACGACGACAUACCAUGAAAGCAUGAAGCCCAUAUGUACAACUUCUGCACUGCCAGCAGCAGUGGAAUUCGGCAAAACGCCACUUACGAUAGCAGUCGAGCGUUUUGACACAACCACUAUUCAGCUUUUGAUCGAUGCUGGUGCGGACAUUAAUGCUUCAGCUGCCAGCUAUUCUGGAUAUACAGCUCUUUCAGCUGCUGUUCGGAACAAUGACAUCAGCAUGGUCCACUUUCUCCUUGACCUUGGGGCGGACCCGAAUGAGCUGUCCUUGAUUGCUGCUCUUGACAAGAGCACAGAGAUGAUGCAAACACUGCUAACAGCCAGGUUGGCUAGGUAUAAACGCUUCUCGGCAGGGUUUGGUUGCCCAACACUGCAGCAUGCUAUCGCAUCAUCAAAUGCUGUCAUGAUUGAAACGCUACUAUUGAGUGGCGUGGAUCCAAACACUAUCGUCAGGCUCCAUUUUGGAGAAAAUCAGGAUUUUGUCCACUCCUCCGUUAAGUUCCACACGGAGUCUGCCUUUGGAACAGCAAUCAGGCUUGACGAGAGCAAGGAUCUACGGGUGAUACAGAUGCUCUUGCGCGGCGGUGCGGAUCCUAAUAAGAUCGUGGACGAUACUACAGACAAUACCGCUCUUCUGUCAGCCAUCAGCAAGGGAAGACCGGAACUCGUUAAAGUGCUAAUAGCUGCUGGAGCGGAUGUGAAUCUGCCACAAGUUGGGCAAACGUCGGCUACGCCGCUGCAGCGGGCAGUUGAACGAGGCAAGCUGGAUAUUAUAGAUAUCCUCUUGGAGCAAGAUGCAGAUGUGAACGCACCUCCGUGUGGUCGAAAUGGAGCAACUGCGCUUCAAUUCGCUGCCAUCAAGGGAUACAUCGGCAUAGCGACGAUGCUGAUAGCGAGGGGAGCUGACGUCAACGCUUCGCCCGCGAAGGUUGGAGGGAGAACAGCACUUGAAGGGGCGGCCGAGCAUGGUCGGAUCGAUAUGCUACAGUUCCUCUUGGAUGCUGGAGUGCAUCUCAUCGGAGAAAGCAGUGGACAGUACGCAAGAGCACGAGAGCUGGCUUCGGAGAAUGGUCACAUCGCUGCGAGGCGCCUUCUGGAGGCUCAGUACGCUCAACAGGUGAUGGCUAUAUCACCUAGAGACCACUGGGAAUGAACUUUUAUGGAGCAGCGAGGUUUACAAGACAUGACCGACCGGAACCCUCGGCGCACGCUUUGUUCUAUGGCGUGGCUUGAAUUCCUGCAGGCUUAG